AUGCGGCGACUGACCAACGACAAGUCACUGUGGAAGGCGCUGUGCAAGGCAGCGUGGCGGCGGUCGUACUGGGGCCCAUCGUCGUCGGCUUACGUCACUCUUAACGAGUCUCUGAACAACGACUGGAAGAGCAUCUACGCCACCCGAACCGCGGUCGACAAGCGCUGGACCCGCGGCGACUGCCGCCUCGUCACACUCUACGGCCACCACCGCGCCAUCGACGCCCUCCAGUUUGACGACGCCAAGAUCGUGACCGGCGGUGAGGAUGGCUUGCUGGUUGUGUGGGACAUCCGCUCCGGCUCCGCCGCGCGCGUCCACAACACCUUUGACGACAUGGUCGUUGCCCUCCAGUACGACACCAAUGGCAUUGCCGUCGUUGGCCUCUGGAACGGCGACAUUCGCGUUGUUGACCUCGACUCGGGCGCAAGCCUCGGCUCGCUCUCUGGCCACACCGCUGGCGUCCGCGCCCUCCACGUUGUCGGCAACACCCUGGUCUCGGGCGCCUUUGAUGGCGAACUGCGCCUCUGGGACAAGUCGUCGGGCGCCUGCCGUGUCGCCGUCCAGGCCCAUGCGGUCGGCAUCACCGCCCUCGCUGUCGAGCCAGCCCUCGGGGUGCUCGCCACCUCGUCGCUCGACGGCUCGGUUCGCCUCUGGUCGGGUCUCGCCUCUGUCAACCCCAUCCCCACACCUACAGGCACCCUCGUCUGCUCUUGCACCCGACCGGCCUCGCCCAUCUGGGCCGUCGCCCUUUCCACAGACUACAUCGUCGCCGGCUGCGACGCCGGCGCUCUCCACGUCUGGUCGCCGGCCACCCUCGCGCCGCUCGGCACUCCGCUCACCGGCCACGCCUCGCGUGUCUCAUGCAUUGCUCUCGACGGCUCCCGCCUUGUCUCUGGCUCUGACGAUGGCUCGGUCCUUGUCUGGAACCUCGAGACCAUGACGCUCGUCACCUCGCUCACCAUGGGUGCCGCCCACCCAGUCGCCUCGGUCCGCUUCGACGACACAAAGAUCGUCUCGGCCGGCGGUGAGGAUGACCCCGCCAUCCGUAUCUGGGACUUUGCCUACGGCCUCGACGCCGUCGAUGCUCGCUCGACUAUCAUGGCCAUGCCCUCGGCCUCAGCCUCGCUCCAGGCCCCGCUCACCGCCCUUCGCAACCGCCACAAGGUCGCCCUCGCCCACAUCGCUGCCGCUCAGUCGACCGGCGAGCUCCCGCGUGACAUGGAGUACUCGGAUACCGACGAGUACGACGAGCCUGACGUCGACCUUGACCCCGACAACUCCAUGCUCUUGCAGGACAUGUACGAGUACGACGACCACGACUCGGACGACGACUCGGACGACAACGACGCCGCCAUGAUGGCCAUCAUCGAUGGCCGCUUUUGA